AUGGGCGCCCGUCGAGGCCGGAGCCCGUCUGGGCGCGGGAUGAGCGCUGCCGCGCGUCGGGCUGCACGGCAGCGGCGGUGCAGCAACGAGGCGCGCGCGGGGAAGGGCGUGCCGGGCGGGAGCGAGGGCGCGGUCAGGGGCGCACGGCGCGCGCAUGAGAGCGGCUGGGUGGAGUGGCAGGGCGCGGUGAGCAAGCCGGGGAGGGAGGCGAUGCGCGAGCGCGCGCGUCGGGCGUGGCCGGCGCGGCACGAGCGCAGCCAGGGCGUGGCCACGGCGGGGUGCGGGCGCAAGGUGGCCAAUCUUAUUAAGAAUGACACAACAACAGGCAGUGGAUCAGAGCCCAAACUUUCACUUGUUAGGAUAAAGGUGGACUACUCUGGGUUCUUAACAAUACACCCCCAGCGGUUUGGUCAAAAGUAUGUUGAGAAGACAAUGCUGGAGGUUCCGGAGAACUCUACCCAAAUGAGCUUAAUCAACACACUGUCGAAGCUCUGGUUGCGGAAAAAUAUGCAGGUUCUUUCACUGGACGACCUGGACACUGCCCUUCAUGUUUUCGUCAAUAUGGCAUUUCACUCUUGCCUGCAGCAGAACACCGAAGAGGCAAUAGUAGAAAUCCUCACCUUGAAGAAUGAAACCAGUGGUGAUCAAGGAUGUUCUUUCUACCAAAGAACCAGGCCGUGCCGCGGUCGGAUGAUGGUGGUGAGGCUAAAAUAAGGGAGAUGA